AUUGAACUUCGUUAUUGAACGCAUUUCUAAUAUUAUUGUUUUUAUGUUUUACUUCUGUAUUAUUAUUGAAAGUAAAUAUUUUUGUUAUUCUGUCUUGUUUACUUAUAAGUUCAACCUUUGACCACUUAGUUGACUAAAACAGAAAUAGGAUGACAGCACCAAUGGAACGUAUACAAGUCUUAGAUACAAUUGAAAAAGAUAUUGUGACUUGCUUACAUAGUGCAGGUACUGCACUUAUGGAGCUAAGCAAGGAAAAGUCAAGUCUGAAGCAAGCCGAGAGUCAAACACAUUUAUUUUUAAAAACUCUUGGACAAGUUGAGUCAAAGUUAACUGAGCAAAUUAACUACUUAACCCAAGUAUCAACAGGCCAACCUCAUGAGGGUAGUAUUUAUGCUUCUCAAAAAGUAUUGCAAAUGGCAUGGCAUAGAUUAGAGCAUGUAAGGAGUAGACUAAAUGAACUGGAAAAAAAUAAACAUCGUAUUCAAACUCGAACUGUCCAAAGACAACAGAUACCAGGACAUCAAGAUAUGAACAACCAACAAGUUAACUAAGCCAAUUAUAAAUCUGUUCUCGAAUUUGUAUUAGAUGGAAGUAUUACUGUAUUGAGACAAUAUGGUAUAUUUAGUUGUAAUUUUUAUAUUUGGAUAAAACAUUGUACAUAAAGUUUGUAAUAUUUUAUUAAGUAAUUUCUUACUUGUUUAUAAUUGUUUAUGCCAAUAAAAUUUUUUAUUUAUAUACAUA